UGGAGCGAGGAACAACACGACCAAGUGUGUACUUCCAUCAGCCACUGUCUGAGGUGGUCUGGCAAGCUUACUGAAUGUUCCAAUUAACAAAAUUCAAGGUCUCUAUAAUGCAUCGAGGAGUCUCAAGCAGCGGCAGAAAGGCGUACACGGAUCUGUGACAUAUUAUUGUAAUCUGAGGGCACUCUAGAGAUACCUACGCUACCAAUGGAUGCGAAACCGGCUGAGAUUCAUGGAGACGAGGGAAGUGCAUUCCACGAGUGGCAGCAUGGCAGGCAUGCCCGCCUCUAAUACAUCCCUUCCUCCCAUCCUCACCCUUACCACUCAUACUCACAAACCCAAUACACAUACUCAUCGCUUUAACACACACUCAUAACCCCAAUACUCAUACCAAACAAUUACAACCCCCAUCCUCCCCCCUUCCCCACGACCAAAAUGCCCACAAACAUCGACUACUUCCUCCAACCCGCAUCUCGCGAACGCCCUACCAAAUCCACCCCGACUCGCCCUAAGCCUGGACCCGGCCAAGACCAAGAAGUCCCCCAACACUCCUCGCCAGCCGAACGCCCACCCAAAGCUCCCUCCAUCCCGAACUCCCCCCCAGUACCCCUCUGGCCCACAACUUCCCAGUCCGCAGCCCACCUACCCGACUCCUCCUCAACCGCCAUCCCGCAGCAAACCACCGAUCCCGAUAGAGCGGCGGAUCUGGAGCUCUAUGAAAAAAUGAAAGCCGACUUGCAAAAGACCCUUCAGAAACAAGCGCGACUGCGCGACGAGUACGAGGACGUCAACGCGGAUAUUGAGGAAGCGGCUUCGCCUAUGAAACGCAAAGGCGGGUUUAUGGAGGUGAGAGCGUUGCGGGUGGCUGUGUUGAAGGGGAGGGAUGCGGGACAGGGGAAUGGGCAGAAGGUGGAGCGGGACUUCUAUCCGCAUGAAAGCGAGGAGGGGGAGGGGAGUGGUGAUGAGGGAAGUGGUGAUGAGGGAAGUGGUGAUGAGGGAAGUGGUGAUGAGGCGAGUGAGCUGAGAUACUGGAUAUGGGUUUCCGAGGGGAGGCGGAUGGAUACGCCGCAAGCGAAUAUGUGCGCGGAGGAUACGGAUAUGGAGUAUUGGGGCUUGGAGUCGAGGUAUGGGAAUGCGUCGUGUGAGAAGGACUUGAGCGCGCUGAAGAAGAGGUAUGGUAAUGCGCCAGGUGCGAGUGACUUAGGCGCGCCGAAGAAGAGCGUGAGCUCGCUGACGUUGCCGGAGAAGGAGAAGGGUGAUGACGCGGAUCUAGAGGGCUUGUACGAGAGAUGA